UGGUCUAUGGAUGUUAUUGUAGGUUAAAGCCAUAAACCCUCGCGGUCCAAUCCAGGUGAGAAAAGAUCAACAUAUAUUUGUAUACUCCAGUCCAAGUGAGAGGAGUGUAAGAUCUGUGAUGCGAGGUCAGUCUCUCCGCAUCAAUGGCGUUCAAAGAUUGUUUGCUUUUGAGCUUCUUCACGAUAAUAAUCACUGCAACUACCUACGCCACUGCUGAUUUGAUCCAGGGCUGUGGUGGAUUUGUCGAGGCAAGUUCAGUUCUGAUCAAGUCAAGGAAGCCAACUGAUACUAAAUUGGAUUAUUCUCACCUCACGAUUGAGCUUCGCACGUUGGAUGGAUUGGUAAAGGAUAGAACACAGUGUGCUCCAAAUGGUUACUACUUCAUUCCAGUGUACGACAAGGGUUCCUUUGUGAUUAAAGUCAAGGGACCAGAAGGAUGGUCAUGGGAUCCAGAUCAAGUUCCUGUCGUUGUUGAUCAGGCUGGUUGCAAUGCAAAUGAGGAUAUAAAUUUUAGAUUCACCGGGUUCACCGUGUCUGGAAGAGUUGUGGGAUCUGUUGGUGGAGAGAGCUGUUCAAAUAAAAAUGGGGGUCCAUCAAAUGUAAAUGUUGAGCUUUUAUCUCCCACGGGUGAUCUUGUCACGUCUGUUUUAACAUCACCAACAGGAAGUUACUCGUUCACUAACAUUAUCCCAGGAAAAUACAAACUACGUGCUUCACGUCCUGAUUUUAAUGUUGAAGUUAGAGGUUCUGCUGAGGUUGAAUUGGGGUUUGAGAAUGGUUUGGUUGAUGACAUUUUCUUUGUCCCUGGCUAUGAUAUUCGUGGAUCUGUAGUUGCUCAGGGAGAUCCCAUCUUAGGGGUUCACAUUUAUUUAUACUCAAAUGAUAUCUCGAGGGUGGACUGUGCCCUCGGCUCUGGUAAUGCCCCUGGGCAAAGAAAAGCUCUCUGUCAUGCUGUCUCUGAUGCAGAGGGAAUGUUCACAUUUAAAUCAAUACCUUGCGGGGUUUAUGAGCUUAUACCAUACUACAAGGGUGAGAAUACGGUUUUUGAUGUUUCACCUUCCUCCAUGUUGGUGUCUGUUGAGCAUGAUCAUGCAACAGUUAUCCAAAAGUUUCAGGUCACUGGAUUUUCUGUUGGGGGUCGUGUAGUUGACGGGAAUGGCAUGGGAGUGGAUGGUGUAAAAAUUGUAGUAGAUGGUCAUGAAAGGUCUAUCACUGACAAAGACGGAUAUUACAAGCUCGACCAGGUUACCUCCAGUUGCUAUUUGAUAGAAGCGAAGAAGGAGCAUUACACAUUUGACAAACUCAAGGACUUUUUGGUGUUGCCAAACAUGGCUUCAGUUGUGGAUAUUAAAGCAGUCUCGUAUGAUGUCUGUGGCAUUGUUCAGAUGAUUAGUUCUGGUUACAUGGCAAAGGUAGCCUUGACUCAUGGACCAGAGAAUGUUAAGCCUCGAGUUAAACCGACUGAUGAGAGUGGUAGUUUCUGCUUUGAGGUUCCAUCUGGUGAAUAUCGUUUGUCUGCUUUAGCAGCCAACCCUGAGAGUUCUCCCGGACUUCUGUUUUUGCCAACUCAUGUUGAUGUUGUGGUUAACAGUCCAGUACUGAAUGUUGAAUUUUAUCAGGCACAAGUGAAUGUUCUUGGGGAAGUAGCUUGCAAGGAGAAAUGUGGCUCAUCGGUUUCUGUCACAUUUGUAAGGUUGGACGGCAAAAGUAAAGAGGAGAGGAAGACAGUUUAUUUGACUGAUGAGAGUAGUGAGUUUUUGUUUCCCAAUGUUUUCCCUGGGAAAUACAAGCUUGAGGUGAAGCACACUUCUGCUGGAGAGAUGUCAGGAGAAGACCAGUGGUGCUGGGAGCAGAGCUCUAUCACUGUGGAAGUCGGCACAGAGGAUGUAAAAGGGAUUGCCUUUGUGCAGAAAGGUUAUUGGGCCAAUGUUAUUUCUACCCAUGAUGUAGAUGCCUACAUGACUCAACCUGAUGGUUCCUAUGUGAAUUUGAGAAUUAAGAAAGGUUCCCAGCAGCUAUGUGUAGAAUCUUCUGGAGUGCAUGAACUUCAGUUUGUUAACUCAUGUAUUUUCUUUGGAAGCUCAUCUAUGAAAAUUGAUACAUCAAAUCUAUCACCUAUCUAUCUAAAAGGAGAGAAAUACCUCCUUGGAGGACAAAUCCAUGUUGAUUCAAGCUCACUCGAUGGUGUUUAUGAAUUACCUGAGAACAUACUGGUUGACUUAGUAAAUAAUGAGGGUCCUCUUCUGGAUGGUACUGUUGCCAGACUUGUUGGUAGUGGAAAUGAUCAAUCAGGUUUUGUCGUAUAUGAGUAUUCAGUGUGGGCUAAUCCUGGAGAAAAACUUACUUUUGCUCCUCAGGACUCACGGAAUAAGGGUGGGAAGCAAAUCUUGUUUUAUCCUAGACAACAAGAUGUCUUGGUGACACAUGAUGGUUGCCAAGCUUCAGUUCCUCCAUUUUCUGGUCGACCGGGGUUGUACAUUGAAGGAUCAGUUUCUCCACCCCUUUCUGGUGUUUAUAUCAAAAUUAUUGCUGCUGGAGAUAGCCAUAAUGCCCCAUUUAAGAAAGGUGAUUUAGCUCUUGAAACUACAACAGGGACAGAUGGUUUAUUUGUUGGAGGACCUCUAUAUGAUGAUAUAAGUUACAACAUUGAGGCUUCAAAGCCUGGAUAUUAUGUAAAACCUGUUGGACCUCAUUCCUUUUAUUGUCAGAAGCUUGGUCAAAUUUCUGUACAUAUUUUUUCUAAAGAUGAUGCAAGGGAACCCUUUCCUUCUGUUCUGUUGUCAUUGAGUGGCGAAAAUGGUUAUAGGAACAACUCAAUAACUGCUGGUGGUGGAAUUUAUCUCUUUGAAAACUUAUUUCCUGGGAGUUUUUAUCUUCGUCCUCUAUUAAAGGAGUAUGCUUUCUCACCUCCAGCACAGGCAAUUGACCUUGGAUCUGGGGAGGCUAAGGAAGUCAUCUUCCAGGCCACACGUGUUGCUUACAGUGGUAUGGGUACAGUUACUCUCUUGUCUGGCCAGCCAAAAGAAGGUGUUUCAGUGGAAGCCCGGUCAGAGUCGAAAGGCUUUUAUGAGGAGACAAUAACAGAUUCAUCAGGAAAUUAUCGUCUGAGAGGGCUCCUCCCUGAUACAACCUAUAUAGUAAAAGUAGUGGAAAAGGGUGACCUCCAAAGCACUAGAAUCGAACGAGCAUCUCCAGAAUCUGUUGUUAUCCAGGUUGGAUCUGAGGAUAUCAGGGGAUUGGAUUUUUUGGUAUUUGAACAGCCAGAAUUGACCAUUUUAAGUGGCCACGUUGAGGGAGGGUUCUUGGAAGAUGAGCUUCAUUCACAUCUUCGGGUGGAAAUUAAAUCAGCUAAUGAUCCAUCCAAGAUUGAAUCUGUCUUCCCAUUACCUCUUUCUAAUUUCUUCCAGGUAAAGGACUUGCCGAGGGGUAAGCACCUUCUGCAGCUUCGAUCUGAUCUCCCAUCAAGAACCCACAAAUUUGAAUCCGAAGUUAUUGAGGUUGACUUGGAGAAACAUACACAAAUUCAUGUGGGCCCAAUCAGAUAUAAAGUUGAAGAGGAUUUCCACAAACAGGAAUUGACUCCAGCACCGGUAUAUCCUCUUAUUGUUGGAGUUUCGGCGAUUGCUCUUUUUAUCAGUAUGCCCAGAAUAAAGGACUUGUACCAAGCCACGAUGGGAGUGUACACGUCGAGUUCCGUUGCAAAUGGAAAAAAAGAAGUGAGAAAGCCGGUCAUCAGAAAAAAGACUUAUUGACAUGGGCGGAGCUAUGCAUGAAGUUAACCCACUAAACUUUUACUUUUUUUUUUUUAAGAAUUAUGUAGUAUUAUAUAAAUUUUUUGAGGAUUAAAAUUGUUCAAAAAAAUAUAUUUGUCAACCAAAAAAAUUUUGUUUAAAAAAAAAAAAAAUUCUAUGUUUAUCAUAAUUUUAUACCUUUUUUGUUUA